UGCAGCCGUAGUGGGCGGUGAGUGCGAGACAGUGAGCAGUUUGAACCGUAGCGGUGCCGAGGCGGAAACAUUGAAAUCGGACAAAUUGUGUAUAGGCAGGGUGAAACGAAACGGUGUGAUUCACAUCCACAGACACUGUAUCUUAUAUGAAGCCGGGUUCAAAGUGGGGGGAACGGCAGCUUUUUCUCUGUUUGCCGACUCUGGGUGCGUAAAGCCGGCAAUCGCUCCCUCCUCCUGAGCUAACCGCUAGCUAGCUUCCGAGCUAACGUUAAAGCUAGCCCGGAACACGGAGCCAGCUAAUCCCCAACACAAAGGACGACUUUGGCCAGUGUUUUGUUAUAUCGAUCCCGAACCACUCCGUUGAAUGAGGACUGAGCCUCCUGUGCAGGCUGAUCAUGGUGCUGACAGGGAAGCGCUCGGAGAAGGGUCCCGCCUGCUGGAAGAGGAGGGUGAAGUCUGAGUACAUGAGGCUUCGGCAGCUCAAGCGCUUCAGACGAGCCGACGAGGUCAAGAGCAUGUUCAACACCAACCGUCAGAAAAUCAUGGAGCGAACUGACAUUUUGAACCAGGAGUGGAAGACCAGGCGAAUCCAGCCAGUUCACAUCAUGACGUCUGUUGGCUCCUUAAGAGGCACGCGAGAGUGCACAGUGGACAGUGGCUUCUCUGAGUUCCCCAGGCAAAUCAUCCCCCUGAAGACUCUCAACGCUGUGGCCUCGGUUCCGGUCAUGUAUUCCUGGUCACCACUGCAGCAGAACUUUAUGGUGGAGGAUGAGACGGUGCUCCAUAACAUCCCCUACAUGGGAGACGAGAUCCUGGAUCAGGAUGGGACUUUCAUAGAGGAGCUCAUCAAGAACUAUGAUGGCAAAGUCCACGGAGACAGAGAGUGCGGCUUCAUCAACGAUGAGAUAUUCGUGGAGUUGGUCAACGCCCUGUCACAGUACAGUGACAAUGAGGACGACGAUGAGGAGGAAGAGCAGGACUUCAAGGUAGACAAGACAGAGAUGUGUGACGGCAAGGAACAUCCAGAGGACCCCCGCAAGGAUGGGCACAUUAACAAUGAAAGUAGGUCCAUCACAGAGGUCCCAGUGAUCAUCAGGGGGUCACAUAACCAAGGCCGAACCAGCAAUGACAGCACCAAGAAGUUUCCCUCUGACAAGAUUUUUGAGGCCAUCUCCUCCAUGUUCCCCGACAAGGGCUCCACUGAGGAGCUCAAAGAGAAGUACAAGGAGUUGACAGAGCAGCAGCUGCCCGGCGCGCUGCCCCCUGAGUGCACGCCGAACAUUGACGGCCCAAACGCUCGCUCUGUGCAGCGCGAACAGAGCCUGCACUCCUUCCACACUCUGUUCUGCAGACGCUGCUUCAAAUAUGACUGCUUCCUCCACCCUUUCCAUGCAACUCCAAAUACAUACAAGCGAAAGAACUUGGAGAACCUGGUGGACAGUAAACCGUGCGGCAUCGACUGCUACAUGUACCUGGUACAGGAUGGGAUGGUGAAUGAGUAUCCAGCGGGUGUGGUUGCUGAGCGAGCCAAGACACCCUCAAAACGCACGGUGGGCCGUCGCCGCGGACGACUGCCGAACAGCAACAGUCGGCCCAGCACCCCUACUGUUUCCUCGGAAACCAAAGACACAGACAGUGACCGUGAGGGCAGCAAGGAAGACGAGCGAGAUAAUGACAAAGACGACGAAGACAAGAAGGAUGACAACACCAGCAGCUCAGAGGGCAACUCGCGGUGUCAGACUCCUGUGAAGAUGAAGCUGACGGGUGAGGCUGAAGCAGUGGAUUGGAGCGGGGCUGAAGCUUCUCUCUUCAGGGUUCUCAUUGGGACAUACUACGACAACUUCUGCGCCAUCGCACGGCUCAUAGGCACCAAGACCUGCAGACAGGUUUACGAGUUCAGGGUCAAGGAGUCAAGCAUCAUCGCUCGGGCUCCUGCUGAAGACGAGGACACCCCACCUAGAAAGAAGAAGAGGAAACACAGACUGUGGGCCACUCACUGCAGAAAGAUCCAGCUGAAGAAAGAUGGCUCCUCAAAUCACGUGUAUAAUUACCAGCCAUGUGACCACCCGCGGCAGCCCUGUGACUCCUCCUGUCCCUGCGUCACCGCUCAAAACUUCUGUGAGAAGUUUUGCCAGUGCAGCUCUGAGUGUCAGAACCGUUUCCCAGGUUGUCGGUGCAAAGCUCAGUGUAACACCAAGCAGUGUCCCUGCUACCUGGCAGUGAGGGAGUGUGACCCCGACCUCUGCCUGACCUGCGGUGCUGCAGACCACUGGGACAGCAAAAACGUGUCCUGCAAGAACUGCUCCAUCCAGAGAGGCGCCAAGAAGCAUCUGCUGCUGGCCCCGUCAGACGUGGCAGGCUGGGGCAUCUUCAUCAAAGAGCCGGUCCAGAAAAACGAGUUCAUCUCGGAGUACUGUGGAGAGAUAAUCUCUCAGGAUGAAGCUGACCGCAGAGGGAAGGUCUAUGACAAAUACAUGUGCAGCUUCCUCUUCAACCUCAACAACGAUUUUGUUGUUGAUGCCACGAGGAAAGGCAACAAGAUCCGCUUUGCCAACCAUUCUGUCAACCCUAACUGCUAUGCAAAAGUGAUGAUGGUGAAUGGCGAUCACAGGAUAGGAAUCUUUGCUAAGAGAGCCAUCCAGACUGGAGAGGAACUCUUCUUUGACUACAGGUACAGCCAGGCUGAUGCUCUGAAGUACGUAGGGAUCGAGCGGGAGAUGGAGAUCGCCUGACUCAGACUUCUUCUACCUCCUGUGGAUCAACGACACAAAGGCCUUACACUCAUACACAAACAAACACACCUGCACUUCAGGAAAUCCAGACAACUUGUCAAAAUGCUAGAAAGCUUCAGGAAAACUGGGAAUAUUUGAAGCAGAAUUUUGAUGCUGUGUUUUUUUUUGGCACCUUGGUUUUUUAAAAAAUACUUCUCAUAUCUGUUUCUCAUUUUUCUUGUGAAUUUUCCUCUGUCAACAAAUCUUCCUCUUCUGUCGAGGCGGGAGUCUUGGAUUCAUAAAUCUUCCCUCAGCUGAAGGUGCAGAUCACGUUGACAUUUUUUUAAAUCUAAACAGUAAAUCUUCUACAGCGAGAGGAGACAAACCCACAACAGUCUGUUUCAAACUGGCUUUUCAGUUAAAGCUUCAGGGACCAGAAUCCUCCACCAGCUGCUUUCACAACUUAACCAUCUGGACUCUGUGUUUGUACCGUGUGCCACAUGUGGGUCAGUUGUCAUGUUGUGUUUUUAUACAACUGAACCAGCCACACACUCCUCAGAGUGCCAGAUCACUGUCUGUCUGUUAAACAGGAGGCCACUCACAAAGCAGCAUCACGCCAGAUCCAACACACAUUUUCACAACUUUUAGAGCAACAAAGACAAGUUUUGAUAGUGAGGGGGGGGGGGAUGCCAAACAUCUACUGGUUCCAGGGAUUUUCAGUUUUUCUGAAAGUCAAGCUUUGUUAUAAACUGAAUAUUUUGUGUUCUGUUGCUCAAACAAAUUAAUACAUUAAAACCAUUUUUAGGUGACUUUUUAUUUGACUACAACAUAAAUAGAUGAAGUUAUUAAAGAAAUCAUCUGAACCAAACUUUGCCUUUAAUUGAGGCCUUAAACUAAUGGUUAUUUUUAUCAUUUAACCUGUUCAGUACUUCUUGGUUAAUCAGUGAAUUGUUGGGCCCAUAAAAUGUCAGAAAAUAGUUAAAAUGUUGAACAACAAUCCAAAACCCAAAGAUACUCAGUUUACAAUGAUAAAAAGCAGAAUGAAGAGUUUGUUCCUUGAUAUUCACAGUCAGAGUUUCCAAAGUUGCUUCAGAAUGCGUAGGCGUCAGGCAUGAGACAUCAUGUGCAAUAUUUGUCCUCCUUCUGCUUUCUUUGGGGAGGGAGGCUGAAAAUAAUGUGAUCAAAAGCUUUAACAUUAAAACCACUUAGAAUGAGAGAAUAGAGGACAUAAAAGCAAAUGUUGGACUUCUUUAGAAGUCCUGUUUUGUCUGACCAACAGUUCAAAACCUCCAAAUAUUCAGUUUAUAAUGAUCUAAAACAUACAUUUCUCACAUUUGACAAGUUAGAAACCAGCAAAGUUUGGUGUUAUUUCGCUUUAAAAAAUGACUGAAACCAUGACUUGAUUUAUCAAAUUAGUUUGAGGGGGGGAAAAGGAAAUUAGAAGCAAGUGUCAGUCAGAGAGAAACUUUUUUAUAGACCUCAUGAGGCCUUUGGAGCCCACUGGAAGAAACCCUGUUUUAUCAUUUCAGUUAAGGUCAUGCUGUGACAGGACAUCACAUCCUGUCACUUAAAACACCAGCAAACAUGUGAUCAGGUCUCAGGCACAUUUUCACACAGCUGGAUAUUUAUUAACAGCUUAUAAACACAAGUUGCCUCCAUGUUUCUGUUUCUGGGGAUGACUCUGCUUUGUGACGCCGCCUCCGCUUCAGGUGCUACUGUGAAAACACAAAACCAGCACUACUUCACCACGACAGGAAACUCAACCCACCAGACAAACACUUUGAACCUGUUUGUCUGGCUGUAGUUUGAGUUUCCUGUCAUGAAACAUGUGCUGCUCUCCUCCAUGAGCGGUGCUGCUUCUUAGCAACUCAACAGAUAAACCACACAGAUAAUGAUGAAGGUUUUCAUUCAUGUUCUCUUCUGACGCUGUGCUGUCUCUCCUAUCGUCUCUCUGGUCAAAGUUUCCCCAGCAGCGCUGUGCUCUGCUCGCACUGACUCGGCCCAGUUUGUUUUCUACAUCUGCGCUCCUGCGCUCCACUGUAGAAAACUGGUCUGGGUUCAGUGAUGGCUCACAUGUUUAUCAAACAUGAUGUCUUUGUUCUAAUCAGCAGCUAAAGAGCAUAGUUUGUUUCUUACAGGGCUGCAACAAAUACGUUUCAUUAUCAGUUCAUCUGUUGCUUAUUUUAAAUGCUAACUGUAUAACCUGGAUCAUAUUUUCCCAUGUUUUUAUUUCACUACUGGGAACAGCAGAUUUUGAGAUUGGUCCAGUAUUGAGUGAGAGCAGUGUUGCCAACUCGUGGACUUUUUUGCAAGAUUUAGCUGCUUUUCAGACUGGUUCAGCGACUUUAUUACGACAAAGCAACUAGCGACAAGUUUAGCUACCCACUCAGACCAUCAGGAAAAAAGAGAAAUGUAUUAUAAUUCAUUCCCAUGCAUGCUGCUCAGAGUAAUGGCAGUCCACGCCAUCAACGCCUGUACAUCUUUCUCCCUCUCUCCUCCCACCUGUAUGCAGUAGGUGUGAGACAGGCAGGAGGAGAAGAGACGCUGCUCACUGGGGAUGUUUAGUUGUAGUGAGUUUCUAUGGUUACGCGGAUGCUCUCGCUCUCUGAAUUGGAAGUGAGAAAGUGGUGCACAUGUCCUUCAAAUGUUUUGUUGAGGGUUUUUGUCUUGAAACUAAUUCAGCAAAGUUUUAAUGAUUCUGCUAAUGUGUGAUGAUGUCACUAGUAUGCAAAUGAGCAUAUUAUGAUGUCAUUUUGCAACUUUUUGCAACUCUAGGAGCUUGUGUCAGCUACUUUUAUUGGAACAGAGUUGGCAGCACUGAGUUAGAGCGCUGCAGCCGGCAGCUGCGAAACAGACUGCCAUGCAAUCAUUCGGGGAGUUACUGCACCUCAGGUUAUGUCCACCUGCUACUGACAGGUUCAGAUUGUUACUCUAAGUGUCUGACAACAUUAUAGAAAGGAUCCCUACAGAGAUAGACCCUUUUGUUAACGAGUGAGAUCAUUUUCGCUUAAACACAAACAGCCCUGGAAUCUCCAUCGCCAAACCCACCAGACUCCAUUUAAAUACACAGUAAUGUUAUUGUGUAUAGAGCAGCAUAUUUUCACAUCUAACUAUGAGAAUUAAGGGUGUUUUACAACUGAUAAAAUUACUGUGAAUUUAAAUGGAGUCUGGUGUGUUUGGUGAUAGCAAUUUCAUGUCUGUUUCUGGUUAAACAAAAAGGGUCCUACUCUUUAACAAAAAGGAAUGUCUCCUUUUCAUAAUGUUGUCAGACACUUAAAAUAACAAUCUGAGCCUGUCGGUGUCAAAAACAAACACUUGUAGAGGACGCAUAUUGUAGAUGCACAAGUGCCCAUUAAUGUUACAUUGCAGCCUGUUUGGCUGCUGCCAUCUGCAGCCCUCUCUCAAUACUGGACCUGAUUAUUGCUCCUGUCAUAUAGACUCAAAAACACAGGAAAAUAGGGUUCGGGUGGUAAAAGACACAAGUUACCCUUUAAGUAUGAGAAGAGCACAGUGAGUGUGUGAUGGGAAACAAGAUGUUAGGUUUGUAGUCCCACUGUCUGCUGUGCCUUGAGUCCUUAACAGAACACUCACCAGUCAACAGUCCCAUCUGUAGAUCAGCCAGGUGUCUGAUUUUUAACUUUCUGCAUGAAGAAGUUUUAACCCCACCCUCCCACAGAGAUGCUCUCUGACUCUUUCCUCCUCCGUUGAGAGGACUGUACUGCCUCCUCCAAGUGAUGUCCAAUCAGUAUAAAUAUUAUCUUAAUAGUUUUCGGAGAAUUCCUCUUGUUAAAUAGGCCUUUUAAUAACGUACCAACAAUCACACUUUGACUCUUUUUCUCUUUUCUGAUAUGAAUUCUGGUGCUUAGAAGAAUACCACAGACUGUCAGCGCGGUGUCUGGCCCACUUGAAGCAAUACCUGCCUCUUUUUCUUCAUCUUCUUCUCCAUCUUCCUGCUGUUUGAUCUCCACCUUCUUACUUUACACCUGUAAUUUAUUACAAACUUCACAGAGACAGACCGAGGGACGUCUCAUGGUGCUGUGAUGUCUGUAGUUGAUGGAUGAAAAGACAUUCAGGGGCUCUGAAACCUGGUGCUUCUCUAUCGGGGGUUCCUACACAUGUCCUGAGCUGUUUGGAAAAUAAACUCAGAGUUUUUUCCAGGUCAGGAAAAGUUUUGGGAAAGGGAAGUCCCCAUAUUGACUUCUCAGACGUAGUGACAUGUAUGUGCAUGAAAAUAGCUAAUACGAUGUUGUGACCGCAAUCUGGUGACCUGAAAGUGUGAACAUUUCCAACAGAAAUGUGUAGGAACCCUUUUGUUUAAACCUUUUUACUGCUGAUUUAAAUGAGCCUUCCCAAGUGUAAACCAGUGAUUCAUCCCAAAAGAAACCCUGCAGCAGCAGCAGCAGCAGCAGCAGCUUACACUGAUAAAUUGAUGUGUCUGUGAAGUCAGCUCCUGUGGAGUUUCUUUAAAGAUUCUCUGAUGUUAAAAAACUUUUUCGAGUGCAGGAUGAUAAAGAACCAGCAACUUUUGUAACUCUCAAAGGUUCGUGUUUCUAUCUGUGAUUGGAGGGCUGGGUAACAAUAAAGAGCCAACCAGAAACAAAACCCACCUCUAAAUUAUCCAUAUGUUUCUAAAAGUUUUUGAACAUCAGUGAAUGUGGGGGUAAAAAAAACAACCUUACAUGUCAAAAUAGAAAAUGAUUUCUUAAACUGAAAACACGUGUUACCCAGCCCUUGUUAAAUCUAAACUGCAGGUUAUUUAUCGUGUCAGACGUCCACCUGCGUUAACGUUUCACUCUUCUUCUUGUCAAACCUGGACCACUUUUUUCCUCCGAUGACACAGGUGCUGAUUUUGUAAUGUUUACAGGGAUUUUGUUGUUCAAAGUGAUGCAGAUUAAAAUAUUAUAAAUGG